AUGAUCCGGUCUCUAGCUUCCAAACAACAACAACGAGUUAUCCAGACUGCGUUUGCUCGCAGUUACUCGGCUUCUGUCCCCAAGACUGCUUUGACGGCGGAAGAGUGCAUUGCUCUCGAGGAAAAGUAUGGAGCUCACAACUACGCUCCCCUUCCGGUAAUUCUGUCCAAAGGCAAGGGAACCAAAGUCACCGAUGUGGAUGGCAAGGAGUAUUUUGAUUUUCUUUCGGCCUACUCGGCGGUCAACCAAGGUCAUUGCCAUCCCAAAAUCAUUGGUGCCCUGACAGAACAAGCGUCGACUUUGACACUGACCAGUCGAGCCUUUUACAAUGAUUGCUUGGGAGAAUAUUCCGAAUUUGUCACGCGAUACUUCAACUAUGACAGAGUUUUGCCCAUGAACACGGGCGUCGAAGGAGGCGAAACCGCCGUCAAGUUGGCACGACGGUGGGGAUACGAAGUCAAGGACAUUCCCAAAAACAAGGCACGAAUCUUGUUUGCCAACAACAAUUUCUGGGGACGGACGUUGGCGGCCAUUUCGUCGUCCAAUGAUCCAUCGGCAUUCAAAAACUUUGGUCCCUACAUGCCAGGGUUCUCGUCCAUUCCCUAUGGAGAUGUCGAUAUGCUGGAUAUGGAAUUGGACAAGGAUGGAGAGCAUAUUGCCGCAUUCAUGGUGGAACCCAUUCAAGGAGAAGCUGGAGUGGUCGUCCCGGAUGAUGGGUACAUGAGAGAAGUCAAGAAAGUAUGUGAAAAACAUAAUGUACUGUUGAUUGCCGAUGAAGUACAGACGGGCUUGGGACGAACUGGAUAUGAAUUGGCGGUGCAUCACGAUGAAUGCAAGCCAGAUAUUGUGGUCCUUGGAAAGGCAUUGUCCGGUGGCGUCCUUCCUGUUUCAGCAGUCUUGGCCACGGAUGAAGUCAUGCUCACUCUCAAACCAGGUGAACACGGCAGCACUUACGGUGGAAACCCCUUGGCCUGCAAAGUGGCAAAGGCUGCUCUGGAAGUGCUUCGAGAAGAGAAACUGUGCGAGAAUUCUCAGGCUCGAGGACAGCAGCUGCGGGAUGGACUGAAUAAUAUGGUCGAUCACACCAUCAUUGAUGAGGUUCGAGGAAGAGGUCUGCUUUGUGCCAUUGUCAUCAAUCAGCCCAAGGCGGGAUAUGGUGACAAGGGAAAAGCAUGGGAUCUCUGUUUGAAAAUGAAAGAACAUGGUCUCUUGGCAAAGCCAACUCAUGGAAACAUUAUUCGGUUUGCACCACCACUGGUCAUUACAGAAGAAGAGAUUAAUCAAUGCCUCGAGAUUAUUGGACAGAGUGUCAAGGAGAUGGCCUAA